CCAACACACCAAGCAGAUCAUUAUGCAUUUCCCAGUCAUAGUGAAGAUUAUCCAAAUGCUCCAAUUUCAACAAUUAGGCUACCUUGGCUUCCAUAAGCUUCUCAGGAAGGAGAGCGCCUCAACAGCCUCCCUUUAUUCUUUCUUUGGAAUUUUGAAAUGGCUUCUGAACAUCCUUUCAAGCGAAUACUGACCAGUCUUCCCAGAUCAGAAGGUGGCGAGUUCGGAAAGUUUUACAGUUUUCCAGCACUGAAUGACCCUAGAAUUGACAAGUUGCCAUACUCAAUAAAGAUAAUUUUGGAAUCUGCAAUACGUAAUUGUGACAACUUCCAAGUCACUAAAGAUGAUGUUGAGAAAAUUAUUGAUUGGGAGAAUACAUCAUCACAGAAAGUUGAAAUUUCUUUCAAGCCUGCUCGUGUACUCCUUCAGGACUUCACUGGAGUACCAGCAGUUGUUGACCUUGCUUGUAUGCGAGAUGCUAUGGCGAAGCUUGACGGUGAACCUAACAAGAUAAAUCCAUUGGUUCCAGUGGAUCUUGUAAUUGAUCAUUCAGUUCAGGUUGAUGUAGCAAGGACUGAAAAUGCAGUACAUGCAAAUAUGGAACUUGAAUUUCGGAGGAAUAAAGAGAGAUUUGCUUUCCUCAAAUGGGGAUCUUCUGCCUUCAAUAACAUGCUUGUUGUUCCUCCUGGUUCUGGAAUUGUCCACCAGGUUAACCUGGAAUACCUUGGAAGGGUUGUUUUUAAUACUGAUGGUAUGCUCUACCCCGAUAGUGUGGUUGGUACUGAUUCGCACACGACCAUGAUUGAUGGGUUAGGCAUUGCUGGUUGGGGAGUUGGGGGAAUUGAAGCAGAGGCAGCAAUGCUCGGCCAGCCUAUGAGCCUGCUACUACCUGGUGUUGUUGGAUUCAAGUUGUCUGGGAAAUUGAGAAAUGGCGUUACUGCUACUGAUUUGGUCUUAACGGUGACCCAAAUGUUGAGGAAGCAUGGAGUUGUUGGCUACUUUGUUGAAUUCUAUGGAGAUGGAAUGAGCGAAUUAUCAUUGGCUGACAGAGCCACUAUUGCAAACAUGUCUCCUGAAUAUGGAGCAACCAUGGGCUUCUUCCCCGUUGAUCAUGUGACAUUGCAGUAUCUUAAAUUAACAGGAAGAAGUGAUGAGAAAGUAGCAAUGAUAGAAGCAUACUUGCGUGCAAACAAAAUGUUUGUUGACUACAACGAGCCUCAAGAGGAAAGAGCAUACACAUCUUAUCUGCAGUUGGACUUAGCAGAAGUCGAACCCUGUGUUUCAGGACCAAAGCGUCCCCAUGAUCGAGUUCCUUUGAGAGACAUGAAGGCUGACUGGCAAGCAUGUCUGAAUAACAAAGUUGGAUUCAAGGGGUUUGCUAUUCCGAAGGCUGAACAGGGUAAGGUGGCAAGAUUUUCAUUCUAUGGAAAAAGUGCAGAACUUAAGCAUGGUAGUGUUGUCAUUGCUGCUGUAACAAGUUGUACAAACACAUCAAACCCAACUGUUAUGCUCGGGGCUGGACUUCUUGCUAAGAAAGCAUGUGAACUUGGCCUGGAGAUUAAGCCUUGGAUGAAAACCAGUCUUGCUCCAGGUUCUGGAGCGGUUACAAAAUAUCUGCUUCAGAGCGGCUUGCAAGAGUACUUGAAUCAGCUGGGUUUCCAUACUGUUGGAUAUGGCUGCACAACUUGCAUUGGGAAUUCAGGAGACCUUGAUGAAUCAGUUGCUUCAGCAAUUACAGAAAAUGACAUUAUUGCUGCAGCCGUUCUUUCUGGAAAUCGAAAUUUCGAAGGUCGUAUUCAUCCAUUAACUAGAGCCAAUUAUCUGUGUUCUCCUCCACUAGUUAUUGCUUAUGCACUUGCUGGCACAGUUGAUAUUGACUUUGACAAAGAGCCAAUUGGAAAAGGGAAGGAUGGAAAUGAUGUAUACUUUAAGGAUAUCUGGCCUACUAGUGAAGAAAUUGCAGAGGUCGUUCAAUCCAAUGUGUUGCCUGAUAUGUUCAAAAGCACUUACGAAGCCAUUACUAAAGGCAACCCGACGUGGAACCAGCUCUCUAUUCCUGCUUCCACCAUAUACUCAUGGGAUCCAAACUCCACCUACAUUCAUGAGCGCCCAUUUUUCAAGGACAUGACCAUGAACCCACCUGGUCCACAUGGAGUUAGAGAUGCCUAUUGCUUGCUCUAUUUAGGUGACAGUAUAACCACAGAUCAUAUUUCUCCAGCUGGAAGCAUACACAAAGACAGCCCUGCUGCAAAGUACCUCAUUGAUCAUGGAGUCGAUCGAAAAGACUUCAAUUCCUAUGGUAGCCGGCGGGGCCAUCAUGAAGUGAUGGCAAGGGGAACUUUUGCCAACAUUCGGAUUGUAAACAAGCUUUUGAAUGGAGAAGUUGGGCCGAAGACUAUUCACAUUCCAACAGGAGAUAAGCUCAAUGUUUUUGAUGCAGCAAUGAGAUACAAAGGGGAUGGAGAGGACACCAUUGUGUUGGCUGGAGCAGAUUAUGGAAGUGGCAGUGCUAGAGAUUGGGCUGCCAUGGGUCCAAUGCUGUUGGGAGUGAAAGCGGUGAUUGCCAAGAGUUUUGAGAGAAUUCAUAGAAGCAACCUGGUAGGGAUGGGGAUAAUCCCACUUUGUUUCAAGGACGGGGAAGAUGCAGAGACUCUGAGCUUGACUGGCCAUGAACGCUACACAAUAGAGAUUCCAAAGAACAUCAGGGAGAUAAGGCCUGGUCAAGUUGUUAGUGUGGCAACACACGAUGGGAAAUCUUUCACAUGUACAGCCCGCUUUGACACCCAGGUGGAGUUAAUAUAUUUUGACCAUGGUGGUAUUCUGCAGUAUGUUAUCCGAAACCUCAUUAAGCACUAAUAGAGCCUACUCUGGCUUCUGUUCUGACCAACUGACUUUGUCUUAUACAAAUUAUUAAAAUAUAUACAGAAAAUUUCUACCUCA